AUGCUGGCGCCUUCAUUCGCUUUACUGCUGCUCUCUGCUGUGCAGAGCACCACCGCAGCUCUUACCAAGUCCAACCUUGAGACCCACGUCGACUCCCUGGCCCUCGACUUUGAGUUUGGCCCCGUCAAGGAGGCCUACUGGACCAGCAUCCCCCACCACCGCAGGACUCCCUUUGCUGUCUCCCCCGACGGCAAGAGCGCCUACCUGGCCUACCUCGACAGCAGUGAGACCGAUGUCCACGUCCAGCAGGUUGACCCCUCGACCUUUGCCGCCACCGGCACCACCGUCACCGUCUCUGGCGCCAAGGAGGCUGGUGGUCUCGUUGCUCACGACGAUGGUUUCGCCAUCCUCGUGAACGAGGCCAUGCCCUCGGGCACUGCCAACGCCCCUGCCGACAGCACCCCUGUCCCUGUUCUGUACCGCUACACCAGCGGCAAGCAGACCUGGAAGACCUGGCUCGGCGGUCCUGAUGUUCACGCUUCCGAUGGUCUCUCUGCUUCCCCUGACAUGAACGGUGAUCUCGUCUACUCGGCCGAGGCUGGUCUCUACGGUGCUUAUUUCGUUGUUACUGACUACUCUGGCGAUGCUGCCGGCCACUUCGGCGACUCGAUCCAGUACGUCAAGGAGGAUGGCACCCUGACCGUCAUCGACGGUGCUUCCAGCUCGUGGGGCUGCAGCCACAACACCGGUAUUGCUUUCGAGGCUGCCGAUGCUGCUCCCUUCGCCUCCAUCUGCUCCGAGGACCAGGGUGCUAUCUGGCUCAACACCGGCACCACUGGCAUGAGCACUGCCGGCCAGAAGAUCUCCAACGAGAACACCACCAACGGUGGCUCUGGUGAGCCCAUGGGCGGCAUGUCGGGCUCCUACAGCGGCCUGGCUCGCUUCGGCAGCUCCUCCAAGUACAUCUUCUCCUGGGUCUCCCGUGGUGCCAUCGACGUCACCACCAACGACUGGAUGGGCGAUGGCUACACCCACGUUACUAACCGCACCAACAACCGCAACAUCGCCAUUGCCAUCAUGAGCGACAAGAACACCCUUGCCGGCGAGCAGGCCACCUCCACCGUCGGAUCCGCGGAUGGCGACAAGCAGGUUAACUGGAUCAAGCAGGGCGACAACGACUGCCAGAACGCCCACGUCGCCACCUUCGGCGAGUCCAACGCCCUCGUCACCUGGGAGGAGGCCGCCAACCCCGUCUGCCCCGUCAUCGCCAUGGGCUGCAUGGGCGACUUCGCCGGCACCUUCUUCCAGCAGGUCGACAGCACCGGCGCCAAGGUCGGCGAGGCCUUCUCCGUCGACAACGUCUACGUCGCCGGCGACAUGGUCACCAUGAGCGACGGCCGCAUCUGCUGGCCCUACGUCUCCGGAACCUGGGACGUCUCGCAGGCCGUUUCCUACGGCGGCUCCACCGCCACCUCCAAGAAGAUCUCGUUCGCUUGCAUGUCCCUUGACGGCAGCGCGAGCAGCUCCACCACCGCAGGUGCGUCCUCAGCCGCCAGCCAGGCUGUCUCUUCCAGCACUCAGGCCGCCUCCUCCACCGCCGACGCCGCUGGUGUCGUCGCGGAGGCCACUUCUUCUUCUGCCCCCGUUGCCCAGGCCAGCACCUCUUCUGCCCCCGUCUCCCAGGCCACCCCCACCACUCUUCAGACGCAGACUCGCUCAUCCACGCAGGUCGCCGCCGCUCCCUCCACCGCCGCCGCCUCGAGCGCCGCCUCUGAGGUUGCCACCUCUGAGGCCGCCGGUGCUACCGCCGUUGAAAGCGCUGCCACCUCGACCACUACCGCCGCUGCCGGCGGCUGGGGCAACAACUGGCCCUCCUUCUCCCGCGGCGCCGCUUGGCCCACCAGCUUCCCCGGCUGGGGCAGCAACAAGGGCACCGUCGACGCCACCGAGGAUGCUUCCUCGUCGUCUGAGGUCGACGGUGCCUCCGCCGAGGGCGAGGAGGAGGACGGUCCCUGCGCCGUCGAGUACGUCUACGUUUAA